GGUGGAUAUUUUCACGGGCUAGUGAUCUAUCUCAAGACUCCUUCCUACAUGACUGUCUUGACUGAAACUAGAUUGUUUUUCAACUCUGAUCCCUCCAUUGGCUGGCAUUUUUCACCUUCCAAUUUUGUUAAGACAAAAACCAUUGCGGGGAACGAUCCCCAUGUGUUCAUGGCAAACAUAAUCAGGAGGAAGACUUAAAAACAGUGGGAUCGGUGAAUAAAAAUUGUUGUAUUUUAAGUUGUCCCUGAGCAAGGAGGCAUGAGCCAGAAGACAGAGGAAAAUACAGAGCGAUAUGCCCAGUUCCUUUCACAGCCCCAUAAACCCAUUCAGCCUUAUAUCUGCGCAACUCUGAAUGAUUUUCAAGAAGAGAGAGACUUUUUGGCAAAUAACAUCUUCCCUCAGCUUAAGACACUCUGCAAUUCCCGAGGCACAUAUUUCAAAGCUGUGGACCUGAGUCGGUCAGCAGCGGAGACCCCCGAAUCCUCCCCAGCCAACCUGUUUCGACAGCACUCUUGUCUCCAGUCGCAGCAUCUGAAGCUCUGUCUGGACCACGUGAACAGCUGCUACCCCUUUUUCAUCUGCAUGCUGGGUCAGACAUACGGGGACUUUCUCCCCGACUACUCAGCGUUCACAUUCUUCAAAGCUACUGACUUGUCAAAUUUAUCCAAACUAGAACAGAAUCUCUAUGUUGCUGCCAAAAAUGGUUAUCCCUGGGUCCUGGAGAAUCCCAACUGCAGUCUGCUGGAGUUUGAGAUCAUUCAAGCAGCAUUUCGGAAUGAGUCGGAAUUUCAGUAUUUUUACUUUCGGAAGGGAGCCACGCUGAGGACAGUAGACGAGAAAAAGGAAGAGAAGCCGCCUUCAGGUUCUACGGUGAAUGAAAAAGAAAAAUUGAGGGUUGGAAGGCUUAAGGCCAAGAUUAUUAGUAAAGGGCUCCCCGUCCGAUUUUAUGCAGAUCUCCGUGAGCUGGGUGAGCUGCUUUUCAAGGACUGGUCGGUUGUGAUAGAAAAGCUUUACCCAGCCACUCCAAGGAUUGAAAAUAUAGACUACAAGCACAGGUUUGAACGUUCCUAUCACGAAGAAUUUACUGAGAAGUGCGAGCAAGUGUUUGUUAUUUCCAAGGAGUCCAAAAGGACCUUUGAAAUCUUGGAAAAAUUUGCCUUAAAGGAUGUGGAAAUGGAUUUUAACAAUGCAGCAGCAAAUUCCAGUUUAGAUUCUGUUCUCAGAGUAAAUUCUUUUCCAGCUUACAAGUCUAUUUUGCUCUUGUCUGGAGAACGCGGUUGUGGGAAGUCCACUCUGAUUGCCAACUGGGUGAACUAUUUCAGAAAGAAAUAUCCGAGCGUGCUGAUGAUAUCUCAGUUUUUGGGGAGCACCUGUGAAAGCAGUGACAUCAUGUCUGUGAUCCAUUACUUCGUCACAGAAUUACAUCUUGAGAACUACGGUACUCCACUUGAAAUGGAUUUCCUUAAUGAAGACUCCAGUGUCUUGGUCUUUUCACUUCUUGUAGAGAUGUUCAUUGCUUCCAUCAGUUUAAAGCCAUGUGUACUUGUACUAGAUGGAAUUGAAGAACUGAUUGGCAUUUAUGGGACUUCAGGUCAGAAGGCAAAGGAUUUUUCCUGGCUACCGUGCUCACUCUCUCCUCAUUGCAAAUUUAUCAUGAGCACAGUCUCUUCCAGCCUGUCCUACAAGUCGCUGUGUGCCCGCCCAGAUGUGAGAAUGGUGGACCUCAUUAGCCCAGGAGAUGAAGAAACAAAACUCAACAUCUUUAGACAGCAUCUUUCCAUUGCCAGCAUUGACCCCUUCCAACAGAGCAGAAAAGCUUUAAAGAAAAAACCAGACCUGAGUCCUUUAAAACUCACGAUCCUAGCCAGUGAGUGGAGAGAAUGCAGGAUCUACCGGAAUGAGUUUCAGUGCAUGAGGGAGUACUUGGAGGUGGCCUCUAUUCAGGAUCUCUGGGAGUUGAUCCUGAAACGCUGGAUUGAAGACUAUAGUUGGACUUUUCAACCAAAAAAGGCAAAUUCUGAAACUGUGGCUUUGGGAGAAGGGCUGGAGGGUUGGGUGGCCGAUGCUCUGGUCCUACUGUGCAUCUCCCACUGUGGGUUGUCUGAGGAUGAGCUGCUGGAGCUUUUGGACACGAUGGGCUACAAGAAUCAGUACAAAGUCACCACCUUGCACUGGGCUGCCUUCCGCAAUGCCACCAAGCCCUGGGUCCAGGAGAAGCCCAAUGGCCGCCUGUACUUCCGGCACCAGUCGCUGCGGAGUGCGGUGGAGCACAAGCUGCUUGGUGUCCUCACGCCCAUCAGAGAAUGCAAUCCAUAUCCGUUUCAGAACCCAACAAGUCAAAAGAGGGCAUAUUUUCACCAAAUCUUGAUCAGGUAUUUCCAGCAACAAAGCACUUUCUGGAGGGUAUACGAAGAACUGCCGUGGCACCUGAAAAUGAACAGGUCCUGGAGGGGGCUGUGUAACUUUCUCUCCAGCCCCAGUAUCAUAGACUUUUUAUCAAGAAUCCAAAGCCCCUUCUGGACAAGGCUGCAGCUCAUUCACUACUGGAACGUCUUAUCGGAAGCUGGAUACGAUGCUUCUGGGGCCUACUUACUCUCAGUGGCCAAGAUCAAAGGAGAUCAGUGCCACAAAGUGAAGAAGAGAUUGACAUUCUCAGUGCUGGAAAGCAGAAUUUUUGAGGUCACUGACGCUGACAAAUGCCGAUUACUGUUCUUUAUUGCAAGUUUUUUGAAGCUUCUGGGCAAGACCAACGAAGCAGAAGAGUUAUUCUUGAUCGUUGAGGACAUGUUAAUGCAGAGCCAAGGUAUGACAGAUAUGCUCUUCAAAGUACAGAAUGCUCUCGGAGAGCUGAAUCUGGAAAUAGGGAUGACUGAAGGAGGGUUCCAGUAUUUCCAGAAAGCAUUGUCCGACCUGCUGUGUUUUUCACCCAGAGACAUCAAAGAGAGCGAGAGCCUGGUGAAGAAGGCAGUCAGAGUGCUAUACAACCUGGCAAAAUCAGCGCCUCUGGAAUUCUUAAAAGAAAAUGACCUUUUGGAAUGUGCUACCAAAAUUUCCAGGUUAUUGGACUACAAUCCCCAUGAUCAUGCUACUGCGAAAUACGUGGAAGGUGUUCUGAUGUUGGUUGCUGGAAACACUUCUGAUGCAAAAGCAAAACUUCAAGAGUGCUUAAAUAUAAGGAGAAGUUUGUUUGGGGAGAAAAACAUGCUUGUUGGAGAAAUUAGGGAAUUGUUAGCGGAUUUACUAUUUUUUCUUCCAGAUGAUAAUACAAAAUCCGAGAUGAAGCAAAUAAUUGAAUAUUAUAAGCAAGUGAUAAAAAUAAAGGAAAAUGCAGACUCUCUGACCAACUCCUCACUCAUCAGGAAACAUCUGAAUGUCAGCCUCAGCGACACCUUGUGUAAAUUAGCAGGCCAGUUAUUGAUAAAUGACUCUUGUCAUCACAGCAUGAUUGAGGCAGUAGGCUAUUUGUACAAAUCACUUGAUUUAAGGGCGACCUACCUGGGACCUUCUCAUUCAUCAAUCCAUGGAAUCCUGCAGAUUCUGAGGGAAAUCAAGUGGAUUCGUGGAAGAAGAUGUGGGCCUCAAGGCAUUAGCCAACCAUGUGAGGGUUUUAGGAAUGGGUUAUCAUUAUGGGACUAUCUGCUUAAAUUAAACUAUCACAGUGCUCAGAAUUCUAAUACAGUGAGCUCUGCAAUGUGCACGGAUGCAGAUAAGUUCCAGAGAGCUAACAGUGCAGACUUGGAACCUCACACAAGUUCAGAUAAGUCAAAAUGUGUAAAACGGAAGAAGAUCUUGAAACCCACUCUUUCCAGUUCUGCUGAGGAAAAGCCUCAACAGAAGACACCAAAUAAUGCUGAAGUCAGGAACAGCCCAGGAAAGGAAGCGUCAAAGAAAAAGAAAGACUAUCCCCCUAGCAUUUCAUCUUUGCAUAAGAUGAAUAGUUUAGUAAAGUUGUCAAAGCAGAGGAUUUUGUCAGCUAAAAGCGAGAGUGGAGAAGGCCGAAUCACCACUAUUUACUGCCAUCCCCCGGUGUCACCUCUUACGGGAAAUAAUCCUUGGGAAUCCAUAUCUGAUCUCAUAUCAGAAAAGUGGCUUUUUCAUGGCCCAAGUUAUAGUUCAAGUCACAAGUAUUUUUUGCAGAGAUGUCAGAUAGAAACAAAAUUGUUGAAGACUGCAAAUUAUAUUGAUAAGGAAUAA